CCUCCAACUCCGAUUGAUUAGGAAAACCUGUGUGGGCCAGGAUCAGAAUUGAGAUUGGGAAGAGUUGGUGUUGGUGAGUUACUAGCCGGUUCUGAAGGCCUAAUUGAUAGCCGUCACACAAGGACUCCGCACAUUUCCACACAGGCUGAUACUGGCACGCACAAUCUGACGCUUCGAAAUCUUUGUUUUAGUAAGUUUGGUAUUUCUACAAGAAAAUCCUGGCAUGGAGCUACUGAUCGCCGUUUGUUGAUUAUCAAACCAACAGCCUCAACGCUUUCUCGCUUAAAACCUAAAUAACUUUUUUUUUUUUUUGAGAAGAUGACUGAGAGACCACAGAGCCCGACAGGAACGGACUGCAGACCCUAUGAACUCAACAGGGCCAUGUACCAUCAAGCCCCGGGCCUGGAUGGACUUGGCGGUGCGUCCUUGCAGUUCGCGCACGGCAUGCUUCAGGAUCCAAGCCUGCUUUUGAACAAAGACCAUUUCAACGGAAUCAACCCUCUGACACACCAAACUUUCUUCCCAUUUUCAGGCGAUUUUAAAACGAACGAUCUGCAAGGCAGUGAUUUUGCGCACCCCAAACACUGGUACCCGUUUGCUGCACCCGAGUUCACCGGGCAGGUCGCGGGUGCGACGGCAGCCACCCAGCCGGCGAACAUCAGCCCGCCUAUCGCUGAAACCAGGGAACAAAUCAAGAUUCCAGCUGAGGUAAAAACUGAAAAGGAUGUUGAUGAAUACACCAAUGAAGAAAACAAGCCGACGUCACAAUAUAAUCUCACUCCCGGGACAUCAUCUGUACCCACCGGGGUGAAUUAUUACACACCCUGGAACCCCUCGUUUUGGCCUGGACUGUCUCAUAUUACGGCCUCCGCAAAUAUUUCUCAAGCUCCCCCGACUCCCUCCGCAUCAUCCCCUUCUCUGUCUCCAUCUCCACCCGGAAAUGGGUUCGAAAGCCCGGGCUUUUUCAACGGAGGCUCCGCGCAAAACAUCCCUUCGGGUCAGGCGCAAAGCGCAGCCAGGAGCAGCGGCUCCUCCAGUGGAGGGUGCAGUGAUUCUGAGGAGGAGGAGAAUCUGACUACGGAAGACUUGGAACAGUUUGCUAAAGAGCUCAAACACAAACGCAUCACUUUGGGAUUCACGCAGGCAGACGUGGGGCUCGCGCUGGGAAAUCUGUAUGGCAAAAUGUUCAGUCAGACGACUAUCUGCCGCUUUGAGGCUCUCCAACUUAGUUUCAAGAAUAUGUGCAAACUGAAGCCGCUGCUCCAGAGGUGGUUGAAUGAGGCAGAGAAUUCCGAAAACCCUCAGGAUAUGUACAAAAUUGAACGGGUGUUCGUCUACACAAGAAAGAGAAAGCGGAGGACCAGUUUGGAAGGCACAGUCCGUUCUGCUCUGGAGUCGUACUUUGUGAAGUGCCCCAAACCCAACACUCUGGAGAUCACUCAUAUAUCUGAUGACCUCGGCCUGGAGAGAGAUGUAGUACGUGUGUGGUUCUGCAACCGUAGACAAAAGGGGAAACGUCUAGCGUUGCCCUUUGAUGAUGAAUGCGCUGAAGCACAGUAUUACGACCAGAGUCCACCAGCCCUCCCAGGGCAAGGCUAUCCUGGACCAGCCCAUCCUGGAGGAGCCCCUGCCCUAUACAUGCCUUCCCUCCACCGACCGGAGGUCUUUAAAAACGCCCUGCACCCUGGACUGGUGGGUCACCUCACCAGCUAAACAGGUGCUUGCCAAAUUUUAAAUAGAGAUGCUCGAAGCCAAGCUAUGGAUCAAAUCAGCCAUAUGAUUUAUUUUUAUGUAAACAUUGCAUCUGUUUAUUUGGUUCUUUUCGUAUGUGCCUUGGGACGCUCUGAUUGUAUAGUGUCUGGUUUAGACUUGACUUUGUACAAUAGCAGCCUAAUGGGUGCCUUGUUGAACUAAUGCGUUUGCACAUGAAGUCAUAGGUUCAGAUACGAUUUGUAUAGUUUUUAUGACUUUUUGCUCCUGUAUCAAUUUUUAAUGUACAUAUAUUUGUCUUAUCAUUCAAUAUUUGAUGAUUUCCAUAUUUGUCUUCAUACUUUGUAGUUUUUCCGCCACAUUUCUAUGUGAACUGGCAGCAAAUUCAAGACUUAGAUCUUGUAUUUUGACUAAUUACUUGAUUUUUAAAGAGAUUGAUUUUUUUUUUAUUAUAAUUUGGAGGAGGCCUUUAUUUAUUUAUUUUUUUUAGAUGGUUUGCAAAGGAUAUCAGUCACUGUUCUUUUUUCUCUAAAUGCUUGCACUCUCCCAUCUCCAAUUGAAAAUAAUUCUAGGUGUAAUAUCUUUUUAUCAGGGUGAUUUAUAGAUGAAAUUUGCUGCCAGUUUGGAAGCCUCUCUGUGGAGGUCAUGUGCCUUAUCUUUUUGGUGUGUUUUAUCAUGCAUGCUCAUCCCUAUGCAAUGUAAAUGAAAGCCAUAUUUGAUAAUUUAUUGAAACUCUGCUCAACACAUACAAUAUCAUUGGGUAGCAAUUAAACCAUUUCCAUUGACAGUCACUUCUUGUUUGUUUUUGGGACUAAAUCAACCUGUUGCUCUUAACACUUGUUUUACAGAUGAAGUAUCUUGGUUUAAAACGGUGUUUCAGGAUCCAGAUGUUUUAUUGUAUAUCGACUGGCGAUCCAACACAGAACCAAAAUCUAAACUGACAAUUCACUGCAAAAAAAA